GUUACGACCUAACAACGAAACAAUACCCAUCGAAUAAUACAGUUUUCAUUUUGAACCCGACUGGAGUUAAAAAAAGUUUGUGCAAUGGAUUGUGGCGGAGUGUUUGUGAAAUAUGUGCUAUUUAUUUUCAAUAUACUGUUUGUGAUAUGCGGCAUUUUGCUCAUCACGUUCGGCUCCAUUAUGGUGUCCACCAUAAAGGACUUCUCGAACGUCGGCGAGACCUUCACGGCCAACAGCGUGGCCAUCAUCAUCCUGGUCCUCGGCUGCCUCAUCUUCCUGGUGGCCUUCAUGGGCUGCUGCGGAGCCAUUCGCGAGAAUGCCUGUGCCCUGUCCACGUACUCCGCCAUCAUGAUGGUGCUGCUGAUCAGCCAGCUGGCUUUGAUAAUCUACGUGUGGGUGGACCAUGUGCAGAUCCAGCAGUCCCUGGAGAAGAUUGUGCAGACCAUUUGGGAGCAGCGCAAGACAGACGCUCUUCUCAUGGACACUCUGCAGAGAUCCUUCAAGUGCUGCGGUCUGAAUGGCUUCGCUGAUUACGGCCUUACCUAUCCCGCCUCCUGCUGCGACUCCCCCUCCAACGGAACUUGCGCCAUCAGCCAAGUUAUGACGCGAUCCAGUUGCCUGAAGGCGGUCGACUCGUUCUGGGACACCAACGUUAACAUCAUCAAGUACGCUGGACUGGGCGUGACCGCUGUGGAGCUCGUGGCCUUUAUUUUCGCUUGCUGCCUGGCCAACCAGACCCGCAACUCCCAGAGGCGACAGAACUACUAAGCGUUGGAGCCUCCGUUAAUCUCAGUGGAUAGUCGGGUCUUCAGCCUUUCACUUGGGUGCAAAAGUGAUUUAAAUAUGGUGCUGGAAAGUAUGCUGCAGAAAUGUUUGCCAGGAGCUGCAUACAUCCUGCAUUCGCCACUGAUUAAUCUAGUUUAAGAUUAUCUCCAAGGCCUUUAACAAAGUAAAAGUGAAGGAAUCAAUAACAAAUAAAGAUAUGAAACAAACCAA